GGAUUCUGACUCUGGUUCUGAUUCUGAUUCAGAGUCAACCAGCAGCCGUCCUGCAGAGUCUCAGAGGACGAGGAGCAGGUUCUGAACCAUACGUACUGAUCAGGACUCGGACUGCAGCAGGACGAUGAGCCGGACCGUCCUCAGAGCUGCAGGACAGACCUGACGUCCAGAAGACAGACAGCGACCCGACUGGGUGAAGUGAAAUUCUGCUGCUCUUCUGUCUGCUGCAGCACGCUGCUUUUAUUUUGAAAAUGCGGAUCCCGUAGACCGGAAGUGUGUGCACCUGCUUGCGGCAGCUUUUACCAGGUGCUGAGCUGACUGGGUGCAGCGGAGCGCCGCCGCGUCACUUUAGCGGAUAAAGUUGAGAGUUUCCGUGUGAGUCGGACAUGAAGAGCGCGUGAAGCUGCGGACUGAGCGCGAGACCUUCAGGACGACCAGCUGCGGCGGAGCGUCAGAUCAUCCUCAUUGGCUGAAAAACAGCUGGAGGCGGAGUCAGAGUGACAGGGCCGUGUAGUGGGAGGGGCUUCCUCUGAGCGAGAGGACAAGAUGCUGCUGACUUCCUGCUCCGCCCCCUACAGCUACACCUGGCUCUUGUGCCUCCUGAUGGUCCUGACAGCUCCUCGUCCAGCAGCUCUCGGGGGUGACGAGUCGGAGCCGUGCGCCGGUCGCGACUGUUCCAACUGUCAAUGUUUUCCAGCCAAAGGAGCGAGGGGUCCUCCAGGUCCUCUGGGUCGACAGGGCCCUCAGGGGCCACCAGGCUUUCCAGGACCCCAGGGGCCUCCAGGAGAGAAGGGCCACAGAGGAGAUGAGGGGCCGAUAGGAGCAGCAGGACUGAAAGGAGACUUGGGAAGUGUCGGUGUUCCAGGUUUUCCAGGUCUAGAUGGAAUCCCGGGUCACCCGGGUCCUGCUGGAGGACCUGGUUUUCCAGGUCUGGAUGGAUGUAACGGAACCAGAGGAGAGAGAGGAAAACCCGGCCUUCCAGGAGAAUAUGGACCUGAUGGAGAACCGGGUUUUUCAGGACCGAAGGGAUUUCCAGGAGACCCAGCGAUCUACUUCAUACAGUACCCCGGAAUACCUGGAGACGCUGGGCUGAGCGGACUUCCUGGUCUGCAGGGUGAACCUGGUCUCAGUGGUCCAACUGGAGAUCCAGGUCCUACAGGGGAGGACGGGACCAACGGUCUCCCUGGUCUGCCUGGCUCAAGGGGCCCACCUGGAGAAAAAGGUCGAUCUCUUCCUGGACAGAAAGGAGACGAGGGGGAUCAGGGUCUCCAGGGGCCUCCAGGGCCGUUUGAGUAUGUCGACCCUCCAGAAGACCUGUAUAUCAAAGGAGAAAAGGGUCCUCGAGGUUUAAAAGGCGUCUGUGGAGUUCAGGGACUGCCGGGUUUGGAUGCUCUUCCAGGCAUCAAAGGAGAGAAGGGGAUUCUGGGAUUUCCUGGACUCAGAGGACGUACAGGUAACCCUGGACGUCCUGGAGAGAGAGGAGUCAAGGGGAUUCGAGGAAGUCCGGGUCUCCCUGGUCUGAUUGGACGAGAAGGCCCAAAGGGCAGGAUGGGAGAUCCAGGUCCUAAAGGCCUCCCUCGGGCUGCAGACAUCACACACAUAGGUGAUGUUGGAGACUCUGGAGCUUCCGGACUGAGAGGCCCUCCAGGAGACAUGGGACUGAUGGGAAUACAUGGUCCCAAAGGAGUCCCUGGCAGAUCCAUACCUGGACCUCCGGGUACUGUGGGACUGAGGGGAGUACCAGGAUUCAAAGGGGACAAAGGAGAUACGGGUCAGGUAUAUGAAGAUGGACCCACACCUGGAGAACCUGGAAAAAAAGGACAACCUGGACUCAGAGGACUUAAAGGAGAACCAGGGAUUCCAGGAGGUUACUGUCUACCAGGGGCUCCAGGAAAGUCUGGAGAGCCAGGUGUACCAGGGCCCCCAGGUGCCCAGGGCUUCCGAGGGUUCAAAGGUAGUCGUGGUGACUGUGCUUGUGGGCCUCCUCUUGAACUGAGGGGUGUUCCAGGCCCUGUGGGUGUCUUGGGAUCUCCAGGGUCUCCAGGAGUCCCAGGGGCUCCGGGGCUGAGAGGAGAUAAAGGUUUGCCUGGAGAGACAGGACAAAGAGGAGAGCAGGGUCUGGGUGGAUUUCCAGGUGUCAAAGGGUUCAAAGGUCAGAGGGGUGAUUUCAUUGUGGUGGAUAUUAAGGGUGGCAAAGGAAACAGGGGCCAGCAGGGCCCAUCAGGCAGACAAGGAUUUCCAGGGAGAAGAGGACUCGAUGGCCCCCCAGGGACCCCUGGUGACCCCGGCCCCCAGGGUGAAAGUUUCUCCAGCUUUCCUGGAGAAAGAGGCUCACCAGGACUCUCAGGGCCAAAGGGAUUACAAGGAUUUUCAGGCAUUACAGGGCCAGGUGUGGUCGGAGCAAUAGGAGAGCGUGGUGCCCCUGGAGAACCAGGACCUCCAGGAAUCCCUGGCCCUCCAGGAGUGAAGGGGGCUAAAGGUGACACACUGCCCUGUGCACCCAGAAACCCUGGAGCCCCGGGACAGAAGGGAGACAGUGGAAACGCAGGUUACACAGGUUUUCCAGGACCUCCAGGUUUCCGUGGCAUUACUGGACCUGAUGGAACUAAAGGAGACAAAGGAGGUUCUGGACUUCCUGGAUCGCCUGGACGACAAGGACCUCCUGGUUUUGUUGGAGAUACUGGAGAAGAAGGACCUGAAGGAUUCAGUUACAGUGGAGAUCCAGGCGCUCCAGGUCUCCCAGGCUCUUCUGGGCUGAGGGGUCCAGCAGGAGACUCUGCUGUGGGAUUCUCAGGACCCAUCGGCUUCCCAGGACCAACGGGCUCUCAGGGACCUAAAGGAGUCCCUGGACCCCCUGGCAGUAUUGGAAUACAAGGAGCCAUAGGUCUGGGUGGUGGCCCCGGACCAAAGGGACAGACAGGACAGGAUGGGGCCCCGGGUUUAACUGGCCCAGUGGGGCCCACACCUGACUUCUGUGAUGCUGGAAAACCUGGUGCCAGUGGCCUAUUUGGCCCUCAGGGACCCAUUGGACCCCCAGGUUUUUUGGGGGAGAAAGGUGAGCCUGGGGCAGAGGGUCCUCCAGGUUUUGGCCCUCAAGGCCCAGAAGGUAAACCAGGCUCUCCAGGUUUCCCAGGGUACACAGGGCUACAGGGCCCCUCUGGCCCAAAUGGAGACCCAGGACUACCAGGACCCAGUGGUCUUAAAGGUCUGAUGGGACCCCGGGGCCAGGAGGGCUGGCCAGGACCACCUGGAAAGACUGGGGCUCCUGGAGUCCCUGGGCGGAAGGGGGACAUAGGGCCCAGUGGACAAGAUGGAGCUGCAGGAUGUGAAGGUCCAAAAGGAGAGAAAGGAUGUAAAGGGGUCCAGGGGCCUCCAGGAGAUACCAACAUUAUCCCCAUCAAAGGAGACAAAGGGAAACCAGGACCCCCAGGCAUCAACGGCUUUCCUGGACCACGAGGAGCUAAAGGUGUACGAGGAGCUACUGGUAAGCCAGGGUAUCCAGGCAUCAAUGGAGCCCCUGGCAUCGUAGGUCUACCAGGACCCGCCGGGCCUGUCGGCAAACCAGGACCUCCAGGACCACCUGGUCAAAAAGGACCUGCUGGAUUUGUUGGCUUCCCUGGAGAGACAGGAGAUCCAGGUGACCCAGGAUGUCCGGGGGAACCUGGACAUCCCGGUUUCCCAGGAUGUACUGGACCUAAAGGUGAUAAAGGAGACUCUGUCGGCUGUGCGGGUCCAACUGGAGAGAAGGGGCCUACUGGAGAUUACGGGCCUCCAGGACCACCUGGACCUCAAGGUGAUCCAGGAACACCCGGAUUCAUUGGUGCUCCAGGACAGAAAGGAUGCAAAGGAGAUCCAGGCUAUCAGGGGCAACUGGGUGAACCAGGUGUGAUCGGUCCCUCAGGUCCCAGUGGGCGCCCAGGUAUUCCAGGUCUUCCUGGUAAAGCAGGGGCUGAUGGUCCUCCAGGACUGCAGGGCUGCCAGGGUCUCCAAGGUCCUCCUGGACCGCUGGGACUUCACGGACUAGAUGGACUGAAAGGAGUAAAGGGGGACAUGGGCACCAGAGGUCUGGGUGUGCCAGGUCCUGAAGGUUGUAAAGGUCUUCCAGGAGAUAAGGGUCCUCAAGGUCAUCCAGGAUACCCUGGCCCAUCCCAGCCUGGACCAAAAGGACCCGCUGGCCCCCCUGGACCCAAAGGCCCCACAGGUGGUAGUGGACCUCCAGGUAAUCCUGGACCAAACUGUAAGGGUCCAAUUUCAGGGCCUCAAGGACAUCCUGGUUGUGCUGGACCUGAUGGAGAACCAGGGUGUCCUGGUGAGAUGGGGGAUCCAGGUCGGAAUCCUCCAGUACCUGGAGAUGAAGGGGACAACGGGCACACUGGGUUCCAGGGGCCCAAAGGGUCAAAGGGACCUAGGGGGCCUCCAGGAGAGCCAGGGUACCCUGGAAAUCCAGGAGAGAAAGGUAAGCGGGGGUCUCCAGGUCUGAUGGGACUACCUGGUAAUCGGGGUCCUGACGGUUAUACCGGUCCCAGUGGGCCUCCAGGACCAAAAGGAUGUGUUGGACCAGCUGGUCCAAAGGGGGAGAAGGGACGAGUCUCCCCCUGCCCAACUUAUGCCCCUGCCCAAAAGGGCCCCAGAGGACCUGCUGGCCCCUGUGGAGAGGUUGGACAUCCUGGGCUGCAGGGAGAAAACGGCCGUAGAGGACCCAAAGGCAAGAAAGGGGACAUCGGUUCUAAAGGAUCAGAAGGCGAUCACGGUCCCCCAGGUCCAAAUGGACACAAAGGACAACCAGGCCCACAGGGGGAGAAAGGAGCAAUAGGCGACAAAGGUGAUCCUGGUCCAAAGGGUGAGAAGGGUGACAGUGGACAAGAUGUAAAAUUGACCUCCGGUUUCCUGUUGGUAAAACACAGCCAAACGAUGGAGGUUCCCCUCUGUCCACACAAGAUGAGGGUCCUGUGGGAAGGAUACAGUUUGCUGUAUCUGGAGGGGCAGGAGAAGGCUCACACUCAGGAUCUGGGUCAGGCGGGGUCGUGUAUGCGGGUCUUCUCCACCAUGCCGUUCUCUUCCUGUAACAUGGGAACCUGCUCUUAUGCCAGUCGGAACGACAAAUCCUAUUGGCUGUCGACGACGGCAGCUGUCCCCAGUAUACCGGUGGACGGAGCUGCUAUUAGAAAUUACAUCAGCCGCUGUGUGGUGUGUGAAGCGCCCUCUUCACCCGUCGCACUGCACAGCCAGAACUCCGGAAUCCCACCCUGCCCCCGCGGCUGGGUGAGCCUGUGGGACGGAUACUCCUUCCUCAUGCAUACAGGUGCAGGUGACGAGGGCGGCGGCCAGUCUCUGACAUCAUCAGGUAGCUGUCUGACAGACUAUAGGGCCCAGCCCUUCGUGGAGUGUCAGGGGCCCCGAGGAACCUGCCACUACUUCACCAACAUCUAUAGCUUCUGGCUGACCACCUCCAACAACUUCUCCACCACGCUGACUGGGAGCCGGCAGCAGAGGGAGAACAUUGGGAGGUGCAAUGUCUGCAUGAGGGAGUGAGGAGGAGCACCACGUCCUCCUCCUCCUCCUCCUCCUGCGUGAGGGAGUGCAGAGACGCUCCACUUCCUCCUCCUGCAGACUCUGAGAGGACGGACAGGACCAGAAUCGUUUGUUUGUUUCUGUGAGGACAGACUGUCAUAUUAAAGAUAAUGCUGCCAAUCAAUUGAUUAAUCAAUCAAUCAAUCCAUCAGUCAAUCAAUCAAUCAGUCAGUCAGUCAGUCAGUCAGUCAGUCAAUCAGUCAGUCAGUCAGUCAGUCAGUCAGUCAGUCAGUCAGUAGACCCUGUUCAUGAGAAACACUCACACUUGUUAUUCUGUCUUUUAACAGACGGAUGUUUGAACUGAGGUUUGAGUUUUAGGUGUCACAGUAGAAUCAGCUGCUAAAACAACGUAAACAUUUUGAUAUUAAUGUUAUUUUCACGGGACAAAAUAGUUUUCCUUCAGCUCCAUUCAGACUGGACUCGAUUCAGAUUUUUUAACCCCCAUUACAUCCAGAAUUACAGCCUGACUGACUUCCUGUUUCUCUGUGAGGGAGCAACGUCCCUGUAGUUUAAAGUGGAUAUCUUAGUUCUGCUUGUUCUUCUAUUUUAUGAGAUAUCUUUUCAGCUCAGUCUGAAAAUAAAGGAGGUACAUUUUUUUCCCUCAUCUGGUAUUUAAGAACUAACAUAACAACAAAGACCCUUUAAAAUGAACAUCAGAGAUUUUAACACUUUAUGUCUUAAAAAUAGAAACAAAUUCAGGCAUCUUUUCAGACAGAUGCAGUGAAAUAUGUUUUGAACCAGAAUUACAGACAUAUUCCUGCAACAUUUCUGAUAAAAUGACAAAAUCACAGUUUUGGAGGAUGAAAGUCUGAGAGUGAAUGUGGUCACAGCUGCAGGACAUCAGAACAAGACCGGAACCGUCAGUGAACCAAAGAAACGCCACGAUCUGCUCUAAAGUCCGCCGUGUUAACAUUUCCCCCAAACCAGCCGUUUCAGUGUAUUUCAUGUUGAAUCACCUGUGUGACUGACAGUAACAACAGAAGAGAUAGUUUUAAUGUAUUAACAUCUGAACUGAACCCCAAAAGUAUAAAAUCAUGAUGCUCUUUGUCUGCUGAUCGCACUUACGUGACUGUGAAUAAUUCUGCCCCCCAGUGGACAUAAUGUUGAAUUAUUAUUUCUUUAGUAAUCUGGAUUAUUGUCUGUAAGAGAAAUUCUCUUUGUCGAAGUCUGAGAGUUGCUAAUUAUCUGAAGAACGAUGACUCAGAUCUUUUUAACUGACAACUGACAACAGGACUGAGAUACACAGCUCAUGACAUCAUCAGUCACAUGUUCAUGUUGAUACGACGGCCAUUUACUGUGACACAACAGAGCGACUGACCUGCCGUCUACACUGAGUCCUAAAUCCAUAAACUUCAGUUCACACAUCUCUCUCUCUCAACGCAUCUUUUACAUCUGACAUCCGCCUCAGACGCAGCGUCUUCGUUCACCACUGGGAGGCGCUGAAGUGAAAGUAUUAUAAUCACGCACAGCGAGACGCCACGAACAAAACAAAACAGAUUCAGGGAAAUGAAUGAGACGUAGAAAACAACAGACGGAGCUGUUCUGUUCAGGUUGAAGCAGUAGAAGGACUGUGAGGUCAGAGCCCACUAUUGAUUGAUGAUUGAUUUAUCAGUAACUUGUGGAUGUUGUGAAUGACUCGUUAACAAUGAGGUUCAAACUGUGACAUUGAUUAAUAAGUUUAUCCAGUUGUAUAAAUUAAAUAGUUCAGCCACGUUAAAGAGUUCCAGAGCACCAAACCAGCCAAUCAGAACUCAGUGUUAACUCAUUUAUUUACACGGAUUGUUCAGUCCCAGUUUGAACUGACUGGUUUUCAUUUGUGUUUCAUAUUGAGUGUGUUUAUUACUGUUUCUAUGCAGAGGACAUAUUUGUGCUUUUAUUGUGAAAAAACAAAUAGCCACUCCCAUUACAACCUGAUUGGUUGGUGGUAUUGACACGACAUUCUGUCCUCAUGAGAGAAAACAAGGAUGGACAUCUGAGUGAUCUUUAGCCCCGCCUCUAGCCCGCACUGACAAUGCAUUCUGAUUGGUCAGCUGAGAGGCAGUGACUGUAUUUUAAUUGGUCGGCUGAGCAGCAGUGACAGCGUGUCAUUGGUCAGUCAGUAUUUUGUGAAUAAGUAGGGACAGGAUCGUGUGAGAAGCUGUGAAUAUAUCUGACAUUAAACCUUGAAACGUGUUUUUGUUCGGGUUUUCUUCGGGCCCGGCGUGUCGGAGCUCCUCCCUCAGCUCACCUGGUUCAUGUUCUUAUUCAUGGUUUUAAGUUUCGCUGGAAAGACGAGAAGAUUUAACACAGAAAUAUUGAACUCAAACUUCCUUUUACACUAAACAGAUGAGUGGUGACAAUCAACAUCUCAACAGGAUGAGCUGCAGCACAGAACCAGGACCAGCGCCAGGACCAAGACAGUCAGAACCAGAACCUGAUGUUCUGUUUUAUCUUCCACCUCAAUGAUUUAAUGACUCUGGUCAGUCACUGCUGUUUCUUUGUGUUGUAGAGUUCAGUUGAAUAUUCACGUCUGAUGAUUUCAGGUUAGUUUCAUAUAAAAACUAAUCGUCUGUUUUUUUUACAAAGUUAACAAGGUGAAAACUUUUAAUUUGGAAAACAUGUGACUUCCUGUUACUCUUCCUUUAACUUAGGAAACAUUUUGUGAAAUCUUCAGUGGAGGUUUUGUGGUUCUUUUGCCUCCUGUUUUAGUCUCUAAUCCAGGUCCUGGUCCUGGUCCUGGUCCUGGUCCUGUAUAAUCUCUCUGUGAUUUGUAAAUAUGUUUGAACUCGACCGUUUUAUAUUUUUACUGUAAAUGUCAUCAGAGUAUUUAUUUAGCUUGAAAUUAAUGUUGGUGCUAUUUGUUUUUUGUUCAUUUUUAUUUUAUUUUGGUAAAUGAUCACACGGUGAAACCCCGCCCCCUCUCCUCCCUCCUACAAAAUAAAAUCCUCAACACAUUAAUGAGGUUCUGGACGAGCAGGAGUUUGUUUUUAAUGAUCUGACAGUUUAUCAGGAUGAAAACUAAAUUAAAAAGUACCAUUGUGUGGGACUUUCAGCAGUUUCAUCAGUUGGAUCAAUAGGCCCCGCCCCAUCGACAACAGACUGUGAUGUCAUAACCUUAAUGUCAUAGGCGUACAGGUUCUUAAAUGUGUUUGAGAUGUUUUCUAUUCAGUUUUUUUGGAUAAGGAUGUGAAGGCCUCAUUAUUUCAAGAUUAAACAAGCACUUUUAGUUGAACUACAGCUCCCAUGAUGCUUUGAGAGGAGGCCUGUGUUUAGUACUGUACUUCGACCAAACUAAACUGUCGGCUUUGGUCGUUCCUCGUUAAUCUGACAGAAAACCCCUGAGGAGAUUUGAAAAAAACACUGAUUGACACGAGAAUAUCAGGUGUUUAUCAAAGUGGGUGGGGCCUAAGGAGGGGUCACUGUGACAUCACUGUGUUUUCAUUGUAUUUAAAUCUGUCGGUGAUAUUUUUAAUCUCUGUAGGAGGAAACUUCUCACUAACACCUGAAACAUUUUACUCUCUGUGAACGGACGACUCUUCAAUAAACUGCAUCAAAGCUCCA